UAUGCAAACGCGCGUGCCCCGAUUCGGUUGUGGUUUCUUCUCCGUUCCGACUCCGGCUCCGUUUCCGUCUCCGUCUCCGAAUCAGAAUCAGACUCCGUCUCCGUCUCCCAGCCUCGUCGUCCAGAGAACUAAGCCAGAAGCAAAACUGAAAACUUAAAGCGGAAAACUUAAAAACUCGAAAAUAAAUCAAUGCGAAAAUGAAACUGCUGAAUACGAGCUGAGCACUUCCGCGUCUCUUCAGAGUGGCUGUUGGAUCAUAAAUAUUAUAUUAUAUAUAAUUUUUGAAAAAAAAAAACACAAAACAAGGAAGAAAACAGGAGACUAUUAAUUGAUGGAUUAUCAAGUGUUUUCAAGUGCAAAAAUCAGAGACGUGUGACUAAUGGCCUGACUUUAAAAUAGCUACAUCCGGUCUUUAUUUAUAUGUAAAAUUUAUAGGAAUAAAAAAAUAAUAAAAGUGAAGUGUUGUUAAAUAAAGCGAAGAAUAUAAAAGAAACGUAUACGUAACGUGGGACAAGUGGCAUCACGAUCAGGAUCAGUUUUAAAUAUCUUAAUUGUGUUCGAUAUCCUUGAUCUUUGAUUACAAGUAUUAAUAAGAUCCCUUGAAUAAAAUUUAAUCAAGAAUCUCUUGGAAUUCCUGGUCUAUAUCCUCUAAACUUUGUUUACUCGAAAGCGUUGCCGAGUUUUUUGCAAAAAUAUUUGCUCAGGCUUCUGUGACGAAAGACCAACAAACAAAAAGCAAUACCAAAAUAAUACAGAGAAGAGUGAAACGAGAGCAACAAGCGUUACGUAAAAUCUUUGUGUAAACAAAGCUGCAAACACUUUUAUUUUUUUAAUUAAGAGUUUUAUGGCCACACCCUCCUCGCAGGCACAACUGCAAACAUGCCAAAAACUGGACGCUGGUGGUCCGCCAGUCACAACAGCAUCACCAUCACCAACAACAACAACAACGACUCAUUCUUGUAAAGUAAACAAAAACAAGGAAUUGUUAAUAGCGUCUCAUAUUCCUAACAGUGAGAGUGCAACGGUAACAGCGGCCACUUAACAGAAGCUGCUAACGAGAAACGCCCCCGAAACGCGAGCGUUUUAAAACGCCCCAAAAAAAAGUUUGCACUUUAAGAAAAGGGAAAAUUAAGACGAAUUAAAAAUGUUUUUCUCCAACUACAAUAACAUGUAUCUGAAGAAUUAUUGUUAUAGCUCUGUGUAUGCGGGUCCUUUGCUCACUCAGACGGCCAAUGGCAUUCAGUAUGGAAUGCAAUCGCCGAACCACAACCAUGCCCACCUGCAGCAGCAACAUCAUCACCACCAGCAUCACCACAACUCCAGCAGCAGCAGUCCCGGGCCAGUGGGUCUGCUCCAUUCGAGCUCUUCGGCGGCAGCGGCAGUGGCAGCAGCAACGGCGGCAGUCAAUGGACACAAUAGCUCCUUGGAGGAUGGCUACGGAUCGCCUAGGGGCAGUCACAGCGGGGGCGGAGGCAGUGGCAAUGCCAGUGGAGGCACCUUACAUGGCUUCCAACGUAUUGUGACCGGCAGCAGUGGAUACGGCAACAGCGUGGCCAAUGGUUCAGUCAGUGGCGCCGAUCGAUACGCUCCACUGGCCAAUUACCGCGGUCAGAACGAGGGCUGGUUUGAUCCCAUCAGUUACACGCAGGCAGCUGGACAGGCCCAGCUGGGCGUGGACCAUCACAACUCCAGCAGCAGCAGUCCCGGGCCAGUGGGUCUACUCCAUUCGGGUUCAUCGGCGGCCAAUGCAGCAGGCUCAACGGCGGCGGUCAAUGGCCACAAUAGCUCCUUGGAGGAUGGCUACGGAUCGCCAAGGAGCAGCCACAGCGGAGGCGGAGGUAGUGGUAACGGGAGUGGAGGUACCUUGCCCGGCUUCCAGCGCAUCGUUCCUGGCAGCAGUGGAUAUGGGAGCAGCGUGGCCAAUGGCUCAGUGAGUGGCGCCGAUCGUUAUGCUCCGCUGGCCAAUUACCGCGGUCAGAACGAGGGCUGGUUCGAUUCCAUCAGUUAUACGCAGGCAGCUGGACAGGCCCAGCUGGGCGUGGGAGUUGGAGCCGGAGUGGUCACCAAUGUGAUACGGAAUGGACGGGCCAUCUCGGCGGCGAAUGCAGCAGCCGCAGCGGCGGUGGACGGGAGCACGGGUCACGUCGAUCCGGGCUCCUUCCUCUCCGCCUCGGCAUCGCUUUCAGCAAUGGCCGCUGAAUCAGGCGGGGAUUUCUAUAAGAACUACUCAUUUAAUGUGGCCAGCGGUGGCCGUAGUAAGGCCACCACGAGCGCCGCCAGCUCGCAGGCCACCGGCUCCUGUCCAGUCUCGGGUGCGACCUCGGCAACGGCGGCUGCGGCUGCGGCAUCGGGAACGGGAGCGGGACCGGGAACGACGGCAGCCACAACGCUCGACGAGCAUGUUAGUCGCGCCAAUUCGAGACGCUUGAGCGCCACAAAGCGAGCCGGAUUGUCCUGCUCCAACUGCCUCACCACCUACACAUCGCUGUGGAGACGUAAUCCCGCCGGGGAGCCUGUAUGCAAUGCCUGCGGUCUGUACUUUAAGCUCCACAGCGUCGCUAGACCUUUGACCAUGAAGAAGGAUACCAUACAGAAACGCAAGCGCAAACCCAAGGGUACCAAGGGUGAAAAAUCCAAGUCCAAGAUGAAGAACGCUCUGAAUGCCACGCUGGAGAGCGGCUCCUUGUCCGCCAAUUGCCACAAUGUUGGCCUGGGAAUGGACAGCAGCCAGAUGGAUGUGAAUGAUGAUAUGAAACCACAGACAGAAAUGAAACCAUACAUGCCCUACCAAAUGUCACCCAUCAAUAUGCAGCAGGAUUCUUGCACGCCCGGCACGCCCACAUCCAUUUACAACACAUCCUCGCCCACACAUCAUCUUCACAAUAAUAACAACAACAACAACAACAAUAACACGAUCUUCAACAACAACAACAAUCAUAGUAGCAAUGAGAAUAACAACAAACUUAUACAGAAAUAUCUACAAGCUCAGCAGCUGUGCAGCGGGAACGGGAGCGGGAGCAGCGAGCAUCAGCUGUUGGCGCACCUCAUGCCGAACUCGAUUACGGCGGCAGCAGCAGCAGCGGCAGCGGCGGCGGCGAUCAACACAAUCAAGACGGAGGCCUUGUCGCUCACCUCGCCGGCAGCGUCCUCCACAGCGCCGGGCAUGGGCAAUGGGAAUCCCUAUCAUCAGUUGGGACUAGGACAGGGGGCGAUGCCGCUGUGUAAGCAGGGACACGAAUCACCGCCCUACUACCUGACGGCGGAGGACGACGAACAGCCUGAUGAGCUGGAAGCCUUCCAGAGGCAACAGCAGCAGCAUCACCAGCAACAGCAGCAGCAACAGCACCUCCAACAGCAGCAGAUGGGACACCACGAUCAGCAUGUGGCCGCCACCAACUAUGCCAUGCACGCUGCACAGCAGCAGCUGCAGGAGAUGGAGCGCAAGUUUGGCGUGGAGGGGGAAACGGUGGUCAAGAUGGAGUAGGUCACGUUUGCCACGUGGAGCCUGCGAGGACUGCCCUGUACCAGGACCAAAGAAACUGCUGUUACAUCAUAAAUCUCAUAGCUCCAAAGAAUUUAUAGCCCUUAGUCUCGCGCGUAUACCAAGGGAGUCGUUCUCCAAGAACCCUCCGUCGCCUAACCCAAAAAAACUAUCGAAUCAUUAUUUGUACAUAGCGCUUAAGCAAGUUGAUUGACAUUUCCACAUUUGGCGAAGCACGAAUCGCCUACUACUCGAAAUUUGUUAUUUAAAAAUUAGUUUAAUUCUUAGCACAAUGCUAGCUAGCUAGCAGCAAAAAGCGAUUCGAUCCCUAGAUUAGUCCAAAUUUGUUAUCCAAUCGAAUACCCUUUGAGAUUUCCACACUAUCAAAUUCCACCUAGACAUUAGUUAAGCUAAUAAUAGUUAAGCCACCAAACAAACAAAGACAACAAAACACACAAAAAUCCAAAAGCGAAAACAAAAACAAUCGAAGUAACCAACAAUCUCAUGCAAUUUAGUUAGUAAUUUAUCUAUUUUUUAUACACUUAUUGAUAUAAAUAUUUAAUGCAAUUUAAGUUUUAGCCUCUUACAUUCUCUUUUACACCAUCUUUGCAAUAUUAAUUUUAUUUCUUUUGAACAAAUAAACGACGAUUGUCACAUAUUUCCCCAA